AUGGAGGUUUUAGCCCGUUUUGAGAAAGGUGAACAUGAGGUGGACAUAGCUGCUUCCUUAGGUCUAACCCCCACAACAGUGCGUACUAUCCGGACCAGCGUGGACAAGAUUAAGGCUAGGGCUGGAAGUGAUACUUCUCUGAGUGCAACAAAGACAAGUCUUACUCGAAGUUCCGUGAUUGCAAAGCUGGAAAAGAUACUGGCAAUGUGGAUGGAGGACCAGAAUCAAUACAAUACCCCUAUGAGCCUUAUAGUUAUCCAGCAUAAAGCAAAAUCCUUGUUUGACGACUUGAAUGCUGCAGAGGGUGAAGGAUCGAAGGAUGAGACCUUUACAGCCAGCUGA